AUGGCCCUGCCCAGCAUCACCACUACAUUUGCGGGCAACGGCAAUCUAGGGCUCCAGGUUGGACACAACUCUGGUGCUAUCCACUUUGUUGCUCCCGGCAAGUGCCGCUCCCGCCUUCACCGCCCAGAGACUCCACCAGAGCCUGCGUGCUUCGUACCGUUCCGUCGCGACCCGCACUUCAUCGCUCGAGGCACGCUACUCGACCAGAUCUGCGAACGAUGCGCUGCGCCGGCAUCUCGGAUUGCGCUCGUCGGCCUUGGUGGGGUUGGUAAGUCGCAACUCGCCAUCGAACAUUGCUAUCGUACCGCGCACCGCGUUUCGGGCACUUGGGUGUUCUGGGUGCACGCUGGCAGCGCGACUCGACUUGAGCAGAGCUACCGUGACAUCGCCGACCAGGUCAAGCUGCCUGGUCGAUCAGAGCCGCAAGCGAAUAUAUUUGAGCUUGUGCGUAACUGGCUGCGUAACGAGAAGAACGGAAAGUGGUUGCUCGUGCUCGACAAUGCCGACGACUCUGCAACGCUUACUUCACUGCCAGGGGGGCCCCAGGGACAUCUGUCAAGAUACCUCCCUCCAAGCAAGCAUGGAAGCGUCGUUGUAACGAGUCGCACAGUUUCUGUUGCAUUGCAUUUAGUUGAGGAGCAAGACAUCAUCUACAUAAAGCCGAUGCAUGUCACCGAUGCACAGAAACUUCUCCAGAAAAAGCUGAGAGGCGAAGUCGCUACAGAUGGAGUAAAUGAGCUAGCAGUAACGCUAGAGUAUAUGCCACUUGCGCUUGUGCAGGCGGCAGCAUACAUCUCAAAGCGGGAACCCCACUAUUCAAUCCAAAGAUACCUCGAAGAGUUUCGCAAGAACGACAAGCGGAAAGUUAGCCUACUGAACCAGGUGGCGGGACAUCUUCGGAGAAACGAGGAGGCCAAGAACUCAAUCAUCGUUACGUGGCAAAUAUCAUUCGAUCACAUUUGGCGCACAAGACGGUCGGCUGCGGAUAUUCUGUCGCUUAUGAGCUUUUUUGACCGACAGGGUAUUCCUAAAGCCUUGCUUUUCGACUCGAACGUUUCGCAAUCGGCACCUAGAGAUAUACGAGCAGACGAUGGCGAGGAAAGUGAUGAUGCUGAGGAUGACGAUAGCGCCUCAGACUGCAGCGUCGAUGAUAGUUUUACAGACGACAUCCUGACUCUGAGAGAUUAUUCUUUUGUCUCUGAAACGACUGAUCCAACAACGUUGGAGAUGCACAGCUUAGUGCAGCUAGCAAUGCAAAAUUGGCUCGAAGGUAGGGGUGAGAUAGAAGGUUGGAGGCAGCGAUUCAUCAACACUCUAUGCUCAGCUUUCCCAACAGGACAAUACGAAAACUGGGACACUUGUCGCUCACUUUUCCCACAUGCAAUAGCAGCAUUAACUAAACGACCACGAGACGAACGUAGUCACAAGGAGUGGGCUGAAUUGAUGUACAAUGCAGCGUGGUAUGCAUGGCAGAGAGGAGACAUCCACGAGGCAGAAAGCCUAGCAAUAGCAUCAAUGAACACUAGAAGCAAGCUGCUGGGGACUGAAAGCGAAGAGACACUCCACAGUAUGGCUAUGGUAGGAGCAGCAUACCAGCUAGCAGGCCGUUGGGACGCCGCGGAAGAGCUAGAGGCGAGCAAGACGAAGCUUGGCGCAGACCAUCCUGACACGCUGACCAGCAUGAACAAUCUUGCCUUCACGUGGAAAGGUCAGAACCGUAACGUGGAAGCUAAAGCUCUAAUGCAACAAUGUGCGCAGCUGUGCCUUCGUAGACUAGGUGCUGCACACCCUGAUACAAUUUCUUCAAUAGGAACGCUAGCUGAUUGGGAGAUGUAGCAAACUAAAGUCUAGUAAUACAAGAGGACAAUGUCUGUGGCAUCCUGAUACUUUCAAGGACAGCGACAAAUUUUCAGCUCAACUUCUGAUGGAACAAUUGCAAGACAUCGCCC